CUACGUGUGACUGCCCUGCAUUCCUCAAGUGGCACUGUCGGCUUCACAAGUUGGUUUACGUUUACAGAAAGAGUCGCUAAGUGACAUUUGAAGUUGAGAAAACUGCCCGCUCUUCCCUUUUCUGUUCUGUUUGCGCAAACGGCGGACAGUUUGCGCUCUGCGGGAGCGAUUCCACGCAUCGGAUUCGCCGCUACAGUUUCUGUCAAAGUGCAUCUUCAGCCUGCAGGAGGAAACCCAUGGUGGACCACUGAGGGAAAACUUAUGGCUGAGCUCAAGUCGCCAGACACAAGGAGGUGCCGAUAUUUCUUCCUCUAUGACGGAUCUAAGGUCAGAGGAGAGGGCGACCCCACCAGGGAUGGCAUCUGCUACUUCUACCCCGAGGAGACUCCUAUGGACAAGCAGGACCUGCUGUGUGGUCAGCUUGCAGGAGUGGGCCGCUGUGUCUCUGAGCUGUCCUCCUCCGCUGUGCGCAUCCUGAGGCUGCGUCGCUGCAAGUUCGCCAUCCGCAUGAAGGAUGACUUCUUCUGGGCUCUUGGUUGUUCCAUGGAAGUCCCUACUGUCAGUGUCUGUGAGCUCCUGGAUCAUCUCAUCGACCUCUUCUGUUUCUACAACGGCUCUGUUCGCCAGAGCUAUCAGCUCAACAGUAAGGAAACUCUGGCCGCUGAGUGGGCGCGGUACCUUUCCCACGUUCUGUCCGGACCGUCCGAGUUGCACUACAUCUUGCAAAGCGUGAGAACCUUAGACCUGACAAACGUUGACCCACUUCUUCUCCUCAAAGCUGCCCUCAUUCUCCAGGCGUGCCAGCGCUGCCCCCUGGUGUUAGCAGGCUGUGUUCUUUUUAGAGGGAGAGUUGUCAGCACACAGAUGCCGCCGCAGCUAACAAUAAAGGUCAUGGUUCAUGAGAGUGAAACCUACGCUAAGACACAGAGGUCGAGUGGAAGGAGCACGCCAACAUCAGACGGCGGGCCGGUUAGCGCCACUGCUGUGUUCCUGACGCCAUCUGAGCUUCAGUACCUGCAGUCUGCUCCUGUCGACAAAAUAUCCAGUUCCCACUCUGCUCCGGAGAAAGACGCUCCCCCAAAGAAGACCAGGCUUUCCAGAACAUUAUCGGACAUCCCGUCCUCCGAGUCGACACCCUCUCGUCCGGCAUCCUGUCAGUCCCUUCAGAGGGCGUCCUUCAGCCCGCACACAUCGAGCUCCGAAGACUCCGUGUUUAGUCCGGCUCCGUCUCAGGGUUCUUCUGCGGAUUCCCCCAACCCGUCUCCUCUGUCACCGAUCCGUCGUUUUUCUUAUGGAGGGAACGCUCAUGAAGCGGAGGGAGGAACACCGGACAGUCUUCACAGUGGCGGAGGUGGAGUUAGCCAGAUGCCCAGUGAAAGAGAUGGCUCGGCGUUCGAGGAAUCUCUCCAUCUUAGCAGAGGCGCUGCCAGCGAGAUGACCGAUUGCGGGAACGCGGCGUUUCGUGACGAAAAGACGCCAGCGGGAGAAGGCGGAGUCUGCUGCCUGAAGCCCAGAGGUCACAAGGCAGAGAUGAGGCAGCCUCCUUCUGGUUCCUGCUCUUUCGACAGCCUGGAGGAGAGUCCUCUGGUUUCCAUGGCGCUGUACGUGCACCGGGUCAACAGCCUGGUGCUGGCUCUGCUGGUGGAGCCUUGUUUCAUGGGCGACUCUGCCUCCAUGGAGGAAGUGAACCACAGCAGCUUGGCUUCGCUCAACGGACUGGAGGCCCACCUCAGGGCCAUAUCUCCGGCGGCCCCAGGUGCUGCGGGGCCUUACUUAUUCGCCCAUUACGACUCCGUCCAGAGCACUCUGACAACCAACGUGUCUGGCCGACCAGGGGGAGCCUCGGAGUAUCUCUUUGUCCGAGCCACAUCGCUUCUCCACUCGCAUUUCUUUGACACUGAGACUCUGCAGGAGGCUAUUAUCAGGAGCGCUGGCACAGCUGUGUACGGCACCCGCAGCGUGGCGCAGGAGACCUACUUCCAGCAGCACGGCGGAUCCAUGAGGAACUCGGGCAUUCCCAACCAGCAGGACAGCGCCUUCUCGCUGCCCAGCAAGGCCCGGCACAGACUCCUCAAACACGGGGUCAACCUGCUGUGAACGGAUGGCAGGAGUCAGAACUCCGUUUAACAAACAAAUAAACUGAAAAAGAACCCGCUUAAGGAUUUUGAUCAAGCUUUUGAACUUGAUAAAAAAUUAUUCUUUCGUUCCUGCUGAACUUCACCCGAACACACUGACUAUUCUACGGUAAGACGUACUUUGUUUCUAAACGUUAUUACUGCCAUAAAUGUUUAAACAGGAAAGCUAACAGUGCCUUUUCUAUAAUGCAAUGGUUUAGAUCAAAGCAUAGUCAGGUUUUAAAAUGGCCUAGUCAAAGUCUGACCAAGAAGACAUCGCAAAAUGUUCAGUCUUAAGAUGUACAAAGCUGGAAGAGACAUUCCCCUUAAGACCUAGAGCAAAUGCUUUCAGUAUUUUUGUUAAAAUAAUCAUUUACCUCCUACUUUGUAACCGUCUAUUGGUUCAUUGCGACGAAAUGUGAGAGAAGUCAAGAGGUGUGAAUACUUUUGCAAGUCGCUAUAGGCUUUUAGUCUCAGUUUAGGUAAUUUCUACAUCGUUUUACUGUAAUAUGUGGGCUUAGUAUGCGUAAGCUCUUCUAGAAUCUGUUUACACACUGCAGACUCGCUCCAUUCUUAUGCCGGUGAUAAUUUCUGUUUUGCAGCAAAUAAUGUUGCUCCUGUAUUUCCUUUUUCUUCUCACAAGCUAAAAAGCAACGGUAUAUUUACAGCCUCGACUCCAUCGCCGCUGCUUCAACGAAUAUCACGCAUUUGUGUUUAUUGGUAAUAAAAACAUCAAAUAUUUCCCA